AUGAAUGACAUGAAGCACUGCCCUGUGAAGACCCUGCUGUCACCCAUCCUGCACACUGUGCACGUGCAGCACUGCCCUGUGAAGACCCUGCUGUCACACAUCCUGCACACUGUGCAGCACUGCCCUGUGAAGACCCUGCUGUCACACAUCCUGCACACUGUGCAGCACUGCCCUGUGAAGACCCUGCUGUCACACAUCCUGCACACUGUGCACGUGCAGCACUGCCCUGUGAAGACCCUGCUGUCACACAUCCUGCACACUAUGCACGUGCAGCACUGCCCUGUGAAGACCCUGCUGUCACACAUCCUGCACACUGUGCAGGUGCAGCACUGCCCUGUGAAGACCCUGCUGUCACCCAUCCUGCACACUGUGCACGUGCAGCACUGCCCUGUGAAGACCCUGCUGUCACCCAUCCUGCACGUGCAGCACUGCCCUGUGAAGACCCUGCUGUCACACAUCCUGCACACUAUGCACGUGCAGCACUGCCCUGUGAAGACCCUGCUGUCACACAUCCUGCACACUGUGCAGGUGCAGCACUGCCCUGUGAAGACCCUGCUGUCACACAUCCUGCACGUGCAGCACUGCCCUGUGAAGACCCUGCUGUCACCCAUCCUGCACGUGCAGCACUGCCCUGUGAAGACCCUGCUGUCACGCAUCCUGCACGUGCAGCACUGCCCUGUGAAGACCCUGCUGUCACCCAUCCUGCAUGUGCAGCACUGCCCUGUGAAGACCCUGCUGUCACACAUCCUGCACACUGUGCACGUGCGGCACUGCCCUGUGAAGACCCUGCUGUCACCCAUCCUGCACACUGUGCACAUGCAGCACUGCCCUGUGAAGACCCUGCUGUCACACAUCCUGCACGUGCAGCACUGCCCUGUGAAGACCCUGCUGUCACCCAUCCUGCACGUGCAGCACUGCCCUGUGAAGACCCUGCUGUCACACAUCCUGCACGUGCAGCACUGCCCUGUGAAGACCCUGCUGUCACCCAUCCUGCAUGUGCAGCACUGCCCUGUGAAGACCCUGCUGUCACACAUCCUGCACACUGUGCACGUGCAGCACUGUCCUGUGAAGACCCUGCUGUCACCCAUCCUGCACGUGCAGCACUGCCCUGUGAAGACCCUGCUGUCACACAUCCUACACACUGUGCACGUGCAGCACUGUCCUGUGAAGACCCUGCUGUCACACAUCCUGGACACAGCUGGAAAGAGGAGAGAGACUUAG